AUGAAAGUAAAUUUUGAUGGUGCUUCACAGGGUAACCUAGGACCGUCAGGUGUAGGCUUUAUUGUUGAGGAUUGGAAUGGGCACGUGAUGUUUUUUGGGGCAAAGAAACUUGACUCAGGGACAAAUAAUAUUGCGGAAGUAUUUGCGGCUUUGAUGGUAGUUAAAUUUUCUAGGCAAGCGGGGGUGAGUAAGCUUCACUUAGAAGGGGAUUCGUUGGUGAUAAUACAAGCAAUCAUGAAAGGGUCGAUUGAGGCAAGACACUUGCAAAAUGCAAUAAUAAAUAUUAUAGAAGAGUUGAAUAAGUUUGAUGACUAUAAAAUUAGUCACGUUAAUCGGAUGGGCAACAAGGAAGCUGAUGUUUUAUCAAAAUGGGCUCUAAGUUUCAAUGAAAUAGGAGAAUUUAUAUUUGAAGACAUGAGAUAUUUAAGUUUUGAUGAUUAA